AUGCCGAAGUACUACUGUGAAUAUUGCGACAUCCACCUAACGCACAGCUCCCCAGUGGGGCGCAGACAGCACAUCCAAGGGAGAAAACACAUAAGUGCAAAAAUUGAAUAUUUCCAAAAUUUGCUAAGGGAAGAAGGCAUAACCCCACAGAACUUCUUAGGGUUUCUAGGAACCAGGGCAUUGAAUAAUUUGCUAGGAAACCCAAUGAUGAAUAAUAUGAUCCCAGGAAAUUUCCCCAUGCACAUGAAAUAUAACAAUAUGAAGCCUCACUCACAUUAUUCGCGUCAUUCACAUCGGCAUCAUAUGUCCCAUGGUAGAUACUCCAGGGAAAGACAUGGCCAUCACAGUUACUCUAGUAAAUAUCACUCGCACCCUAUGCGCGUGAAUAGCAGCAGCAUGGGUGGCAUGUCAGGGUUUCAAAACAGUAAACAUUCUGGUAGCUUUGUCCCCUCACCAAACUCUAUGCAUGGUAAUGGGAAGAUGUUUAAUUAUCCCAUUCGAGAUUUGGUAAGUAAUGUCAAUAAUGACAUUGACCCAAGUAAGGACAGUCAGAAUGAGGAACGAAUUGGAGAUAAUUCGAUUGACAACCCUCAUAGCAGAAUACAGGAUCGGCACGAUCAGCGAGAUCAUGCCAAUCGCGCCGAUCAUGCGGAUCAGACCGAUAAGGAUGAUAAUGCCGAUCCGGUCCAUGCCACUCGUUGA